GUGUAUUACAUCUCUGCAUUCAAUUGGUCGCUGAACGUCUCGAGCGCGAUUUUGCAACGCGGGACAUCACUCUUGCAGGCACACUCAAGGCAGUUCAGGUGACCGUCCGCAGCGGUCUUCUCUGCUCGGCAAAUUCUGUUGAUACUUUGUUGCAAGGAGUGUAUUUUUUCCCCCUCUAUCUCUUUGGAAAUGAAGGACGUAUUUACCCCAGAUUAAAAACUCGUGCCAUUUAUUACCUUUGCUGCUCUUUUUUUUACAGUAACACUUCGGGUAUUUAUUUGCUUUUGCGAGAAGCUGCGUACUUUCUACAACCAUACGAUGGCCGACAACAAGCACCCACACGUUGUGUUCUGCAACGACUCACCCAAAAGAGUGUUGGUGUCUGUCAUCAAGACGACCCCGAUCAAACCCAGGAAAGCAGAGGCCUUGACACCAACGAGCCCCGGUUUCAGUGACUUCAUGGUGUACCCGUGGAAAUGGGGGGAGAACGCCCACAACGUGACCCUGAGCCCGGGCUCAAUGAGCGGGGCUGCGUCCCCCACCGGGACACAGACUGCAAGGGAAGCGGAUACUGCUCCAUCGCCUGAUCAGAUCAAGGAUGGUAUCCGCAGAGGCCGGCCCAGAGCUGAUACAGUCCGGGAGCUGAUAAGUGAGGGGGAAACUUCAUCCAGUCGCAUUCGCUGCAACAUCUGCAACAGGGUGUUUCCCAGAGAGAAGUCUCUGCAGGCUCAUAAGAGGACACACACAGGAGAAAGACCCUAUCUGUGUGACUAUCCAAAUUGUGGGAAGGCAUUUGUCCAGAGUGGUCAGCUCAAGACCCACCAGCGGCUGCACACUGGGGAAAAACCCUUUGUCUGCUCAGAGAAAGGAUGUGGUAAUCGGUUUACACAUGCCAACCGUCACUGCCCCAAGCACCCCUACUCUCGUCUGAACCGGGAGGAACCAAAGGCAGGCCUGGGAAAGGCUCAGUCUGUGGAUAAUAAGGCAGUGGCAGAAUGGCUAGCCAAGUACUGGCGAACCCGCGAGCAGCGUGCACCUGCAACCACCAAGGUGAAGCCACAGGGCAAGGCAAGAGCACAGGACCAAGAGCAGCAGGAUCCCAUGGAGUUCCUCCAGUCCGAUGAGGAGAACGGAGAAGAAGAGGAAUCUGCAGAGGAGGAAAAGGGCAACCAGGGAGGAGCGGCUAAGCGGCGUCUCCAGGAGCAACGAGAGCGUCUCCACGGUGCUCUGGCCCUCAUUGAGCUGGCCAACAACCUGUCUGCCUGAACACCCCCAACCACCUCCUGACCCUGGACUCCUGUUCCCCUCGCCUCAUAUCUCUAGCCAAUCCGUCUUUCCUGCAGCAUGUGCUGUAGCUAAAAAAUUGUUCAUAAGCACAGAUCAAUGACUAGUUUACUGUCUAAAUGUCUGAAAUCAGGUUUGGAGAAAGUAGACUUGGCCUGAGAUCAGUGUUUUAUGUGCAGAAUCAUUUAUUCCUCCUUUACAGCACCAGGAAGACACAAGCUAAAGCACCUUAUUCAGCUUCCAUUGUUAUCCCUUUAGGCUGCUAUAAUUGUAGAUUUUACAAUAUGAAGAAUGUCUUUCUUUCCUCUGUCUUCUAAAGGCAAAGAAAGAAUACAUAUGUUUUUAAUUUGUUUUGUUUGCACUUUGGUAACGAGUUUUUUAAGUAUAUUUUCAGUAAGCGUGACUGGUGUAUAUAUAAGGAUUAAGCUCAGAUGGACAGAAUGAUACAGGGUGCGGUCAAACAUAGGAAAUGGAACCAUCGGAUAGCCUUUCUCCAUGUUCCACAGCAGCUGAUGACAGCAGUGGUUGUAGAAAACAGUAAUUUUCUACAACCAGAGUUAAAAGUCAGUAAAGAUGAGCGAGUUGUGACAAAGGCCAGGGUUACGUCUCAUGUAACAUGGAUCAUUUUGUACAUAAAUGAGAGGAGAUUAUUGCAAGCCUAAUCCAGAGGUCUGAUCAUGCAGAAUCUUUUUAAAAACCCUGAACUUUAACAUCUUCGCCACUUACCUCAAUCUGUACGUUCGGCACAAGUACAGGACAAGUAGUCAACUUUAUCCCGUGUUCUGGAUCAAAUUCAUUCAUGUUCUACAAAUGUUUAUAGGCUGUUUUUUCCUUGUUACAUGUAAGACCUGCAAACAAAAAGUUCUCCAGCCCAGUCAUUAUUUUACAAGGGAUGUCUGCCACCUUUUAUAUUAAAAGGUGGCAGACCAAAUUUUGGCAACAUCGUAGUGUGACAAGUCUGUCAUCUCAUUUCAGUAUUUAUUUCACCGUGUUUGUUUUUUUUUCGGGCAGACAUUAUGUCCAAGCUCUUGAAUCAUUCUGAAAAAAUCAUCCCAAGUUUGUAAAAAUGAAUAAUUCCAUCAGAAUUUGCCACAAAACUUGAGACAAAAAAUAGAUUUGGAUAAAGCACUUACAACGCCAAGUCUUGGAUUAAGCUUGCAAUGCAGUGAAGAUUAGAAUAAUUGUGUCUGGAGAAAAUGGCAUCUGCUUUCUUGAAUUGUGUAAAGCUGGAUGGUUGGUUUUUUAACUCCUUCCCUUAAAAAAUAAAAAAGCAACACUACAUCUUUAAACACUUGCAGUUGUGCUGCCUUUGGUUGUUUUGGGGAAAACAAACCUGCACUCUGUUAUGGUUGAAACUGACUUCAAAUUUAUUCCUUGAAAGAACUGGAAGGCAAAUGAAUAUCUAAUCAAAAUAAAAACCAAAUGAUUUAUUGUGCUCAAUCAUUUUGGAAGCAAUUCUGAUCCCACUGUUUUCUUUUUGGUUUGACAAAAUUAUGGCAUUUAAUAUAUUAAUGUAGUGUUUGUUAGAAUAUGGAGUGUGCACACUAUUUACAAAGAGCUUUUUAGUUUUUGUCUGCUAACAUCCUCCAGCAGUUUUCAUGUUUUAAGUGUACAGUGAUCCUACUUGCUGGUACAGUUUUUACACAGUUUACAAGCUGAGAUUUCUCUGACAGGCUGUCCACUCUUAUAUCAUCAUUGAUCAUUAAUAAACAUUCACUGAAUUUUA